UUAAUAAAUCACUCAGCCUCCUUUUUGAAUGUGUGUCAGUCCUCAGACAGCUCUCAGAGACAGCUGAGCAGACACGGACGACACAUAACGGUCCCACCUUCACCAUCAUCAUCAUCGUCAUCAUCAUCGCUGUGCUGAAGUGGCCGUGAUCAUCAGACGUGAUAAUAAAUGCAUCUGAUCACAGCGUUUACAAUGGGCUCUAAGCGACGGAGAGCCACGUCUCCAUCCAGCAGUGUGAGCGGAGGAGAUUUCGAGGACAGCCAGACAACAUCUAUACCAUCAACCAGCCGGAAGAGGAGAAGAACCACAAACAUCCCCACUGUCGACCCUAUCGCUGUGUGUCAUGAGCUGUACAACACUAUCAGAGACUAUAAGGAUGAUCAGGGCAGGAUGCUGUGUGAACUCUUCAUCAGAGCACCAAAGAGAAGGAACCAGCCGGAUUACUAUGAUGUGGUGUCGCAGCCCAUCGACAUGAUGAAGAUCCAGCAGAAGCUGAAGAUGGAGGAGUAUGAUGAUGUUGAGCAGCUCACAGCCGACUUUCAGCUCCUAUUCAACAACGCCAAGACCUACUACAAAGUGUGUAUAUGUCAUACGCUAGCAGUCAAAUGUCUAAGUCAUUUCGAUUUCUUAAUGUUUUUUUAA